AUGCAGUUAAUGUCCUAUAGUCCACAACAAGUGGAGUUAAUCUCAAAUAGUCGACAACAAAGGGAGAUGAUGCCAUAUAGUCGACAAUCAGACUCCCCUAUUAUCCUUAAUAUAGAAGAUAAAAGAACAGGUCAAAUAAGAUCAUCGAUAUGCGGUUUCAGAUGUUGUCUUUUAUCAACUUUACUUUUUGGUUUCUUAGGUGCUCUUAUAGCAGCUGCUAUAAUUCUUCCAGUUUUAUCUGUUGUUCUUACAACAACAACAACUACAACAACAUCCUCUACCUCAUCUACCUCGACUACUACCACUACCACUACAACAACUACUACCACUACUACCACUACAACUACUGUCACCACUACUACCACUACCACCACUACUACUACUACUACCACGACUACCACUACCACGACUACUACAACUACUGUAACUACAACAACUACUACUAGAACCACAAGUACAUCAAGUACAACAAGUACAGCAACUACUACAACAAUGGUUGGAUGA